UGGCCCUAUUUCUUCCCUUUCCUCUUCAGCUAGCAGUCGGCGAGUUAUACCACUUUAUUCUCUGCACAGAAAACCCAGAAAAACAGCUAAGUGCCACCUUUCCAAGGCAUCCGUUCGGUUCUUCCUGCAUCAGGACAGCGAACGUGUGUGGUUUAACAAGCCCCUGUUUGACGCAGCGGAGAAGAGGUACUACGAAGCAGCCUCUGAUCAAGCCAGCAGGUCCAGCGCUAGACCGACUGUGGGGGCCUCAAUGCCAGGGCUGGCUGCUCCGGCACCCAGGCAGCAAGCAAACACCAUGAGCGCAGAACACCUGGCUGAGGAGAACAUCUGGUUCGACAAGUACCGGUACGACGAUGCCGAGAGACGGUACUACGAGCAGAUGAACGGACCCGUCUCCUCCACCCCUGCAGGCCGCACACAGACUGCACAGGAGAACGGCGCAAAUACAAUCCUGCAAGACAUUGCCAGAGCCAGGGAGAAUAUCCAGAAAUCGCUAGCCGGACUGAAGACCACCUUACACCCCACUGGAGCACCCUCUGUCUCUGCAAAGGGCCCCCGCCACUCUGCUCGGUCUAGCGUUGGGUGUACCGCUGGAGAACAGAGCGAGCUGGUGUCCCGCAUCAACAGCCUGGAGCUGGAGAACCGCAGUCUGUACAGCGUGGUGGAAGACCUAAGGCUGGCCAUCUCGAAGCUGGAAACUCGCGUGUCACAGCUGGAGAAAUCACCAGCAGGGGGCAGACCGACCCUUGCAGCAGCAGCACCCUGCACCAAGGUGGAGGUGAAAAAGGAGGAGGUGGAAGAUGAUGAUGAUGAUGACAUCGACCUGUUUGGCAGUGACGAUGAAGAGGAGGAUGCUGACGCAGCUCGGAUCAGGGAGGAGAGACUGCAGCAGUACGCAGCCAAGAAGGCAAAAAAGCCUGUCCUCAUUGCCAAGUCCUCCAUCCUGCUUGAUGUCAAGCCGUGGGAUGACGAGACGGACAUGGUGAAGAUGGAGGAGUGUGUGCGCUCGGUGCAGGCGGAAGGUCUCUUGUGGGGCUCCUCUAAGCUGGUCCCAGUAGGAUACGGCAUCAAGAAGUUGCAGAUACAGUGCGUGGUGGAGGACGACAAGGUCGGCACAGACAUGCUGGAAGAGGAGAUCACCAAGUUCGAGGACCUCGUGCAGAGCGUCGACGUUGCUGCUUUCAACAAGAUCUAAAAAGCCAUAUUCUGUAAUUGCCUGGGAAACUGUCACGAAUAAACGGUUCAGUAUUUGAGCACAAGA